AUGUCCUCAUGUCUAUAUUGUUUGGGUACAAUCAAGUUUGAUGGUUUUCGAGUCUAUUCUGAACCAAUUUAUAUCAUUAUUAGUUCUAUUAUCACGACAUUAGUAACUUGAGCCUAGACUGACAAAAUCAAGCCAACUGAUGUUUCAUAUUAGUUUAUUGUUAUUGGUGGCAAGAUGAACUGCUUAAUGUUUCAUAUGAAUCUAAUCUUAAUUUCUUGCAUUUUAUUAUUAGUUUUAUUGUUUGAUCAACGUUCUCCUAAUGUUGACCUGGACUUCUCGAUUGAUGAGCAGUCCAGUUGGUCGGGGGUCUGUUGAGCUGCACCCGACCCUGCCUAGGCCGGUUCGCAAUUCCCAUCACUCCUUUAAUUUGUCCCCUUUAAUUUGGGCCUAGGCCGGUUCGCAAUUCCCAUCAUACCCUUUAAUUCCGGGCGAGAUUAAUGACGGCAAGGCUGUGGUGUCACCACCCGUCUUUAUUUGGAAGACGAAGGUAUUAGCGCUGGUUAAAUAAAUAGGAAGCAGUUCUUAUCAAAAAAAAUAAAUAAAUAGGAAACCGUUCAAUAAGUCUGGGUGGGGCAAGUUCUUCUGUUCUGGUCCAUGGGUUCUCUUGGCUAAACUGUCCAAAGUUUCGUGUUCGGUUUUGAUUUUAAGACGUUAAAACUAUUGAAUUGACAUCUACAUCUACUAGAAUCCUAGCCUUUCAUGCAAAGGAUGUUGUUGGGUUGAAUGCGUUCGCAGCCCAAGCUGGGGUGCAUAUUAUUACUAAAAUAUUCUACCGAAAAAGGGGAAGAAAAGAAAAGAAAAAAGCCCUAGCAUGGCCCACGCUGUAAGUAGGAAGAACUAGACACCGGUGUUGAACGAGGUAGUUUUUCGUGGUGAUGUUCAUAGGGAUGUGGCGGCUAUAAUGGGGUGAGGAUGGCGGCGGUGGUUGAUUCGCCGGAAUAUAGCGCUGUUGCUGGCGGUGGUAACGGCACAAGUUGUGGCGGCGGUUAAUUCGCCGAAAUAUGGUAUUGUUGUUGCAAUGUUGGUGGUUGGGGAGCGGAACGGUGGUGGUGACGCAAUUUGGCUGCUGGUGGGUUUUAUUGCGUAGAUCUACGACAGCGGCGGCGUGCCGCGACGAAUUGCAACGUCGAUAGUUGCGGUAGAGGUGGAGAUAUAUAGAUAUAGCACCGUAUAUGUAUAGAUAGGGUUUUACACCGACAGGGGCUGGGCUGGCUCAUAUCACUUUGAGUGCAGUGGUGGAACUGCCCAUAGCUCUUCACUUGAAAAAGGGCUCGUGUGAUCCGGAAAAUAAGCACAGCUAACCAAUAUUCAAACUCUGCGUUCCCUCUCUCCUUCCUCUAUAUAUGUGCGCGCGCGCAUAUAGACUCUCUGUUUUUCUGACUACACCUCUGAAGAAAUCUCUAUCCAAGUGAUCAGGAUCAGAUGUCUAUGAUUCAGAAUACUCAGAUGCUGCUUUCUAUGAAACUAUGCAUGAAAAUGCACUGGGAGGGAGACUUGAUGAAAGAUAUGGUGUGGAACUGCAAGGUAAGGUUUUGGAAAGGAUUUAUAAACCACCACCAGAAGGUCAAGAAGAACAAUAUUUGGAUUCAGACAAGGAAGAUGAAUUUUUUUACAACCUGCACGAGUUUGCACUUGCUGACGGGGAAAUUGAAACUGCAAAUGAAUUUGAAAAUGCAACAAAUUUGUUGAUUAAUUUUGUACUGCGUUUGUUUCCAGCCAAAUGUUUGAUGUGGCUCAUGAAAGUGUCUCCUGCUUGGCACUACUACUUAGGCUCUCCUAUUUUCCAACACACGCAGUCAUAUAUGUGCAAGGAAGUGUGUGGCUACUUCUCACAGGUUGGAAAGAAUCCACCUACAUUUUCCGCCCUCCUUGAUCAUCACGACUACAGGAUCCCUUCCCCGAACCUCAAUUUCUUGGCAGAACCCUUUGAGGUCCGUAGCAGUUGCAGUGGCUUGCUUUUGUGCCAGAGAGAAAAUGGAUUUAUAAUAUGUAAUCCGGUGACAACAAAAAGUCGAUCCCCUUUCCAGAAUCAAUUGAUGCUAUUGCUUGUGAAGUUGCUGUCCUGACUUUUGAGCCUUCUGAACAUGACUAUGGGCUAACUUCCACAUCGUAAUUCCUUCUUUUAGUGUACCGCGGAAGUCGGAAUUUCACAUUUUCUCUUCUGCCGCACGGUCUUGGGGAUGGCUUUGUGACGUUUUGACUUUGGGAUAACUGGCGAUUGCUCCAGGGUACUAUCGUAAGGGAAGAGCUGUUUGGGCAACCAUAUGUGGACACAGCCUGACACUUAAGGUCCUCACUGGUUUGGUAGAGUUUGUCCCAGUACCAAAUGCCCGGCAACCGUUACUCCAUUGAUGCUAACCCCUUGGUAACACAUUUCCCGUACGUAAACACACUUGCACAUGUUGCAGAUUAGAGGGUCUUACACGAAUUGCAUAUUACAAUAGUAAUGUACUUUUUUAUUUGUGUAAGACCCUCUAAUCUGCAACGUGUUUACGUAUGGGAAAUUGAAGCCUAUGAAGGAGCAGAAAAGUGGGUGGUUAAUGCAAUACGUUACAUGAAGUCGGCUUCACCAACAAGUCUUAAAGUUUGUCUACGAUCUGUAAGAAUCAUUCUAAAUGCUUUUUAAUUUUUACAAAUAAAUAUAUUAUUUUUAUAUCACAAAAUGGUAAAAUUCUUUAACAAAUUUUCUUGAUUCAUCAUCAGAUUAGACAAGGACGGACGCUAAAACUUGAAUCUUGUCUGAUAAGUGACUAUACUAUACUGUUGGUUGUCACAUGCUUUGUUACAUGGACUCUUCAAAAGUAGUGAAGUACCCGUGUUGGACACAUAUCCCUUGGACAUGGGUAUGGGAUAUGUGUCUGACGCUUUUUGUUAUACAUGUACUUAAAAAACAUAUCCAAUCAUUCAAUUACAUUAUAUUAUUACUUUAAAAUGAGUUGAAGGACUAUAUUGAACAUUAUAUUAGAUAAAAAAAAUUACUUUAAUCUAGAAAAUAAAAUAAAAUAAUGAAUAAAAUGAAUAUUUAGCCGUAUCCGUGUGUCCUUCUAUUUGGAGAUUUGACACAUCCGACGUAUGGAUAUAUAUUCGUAUUCGACACCCGUACCCGAGUCCAUAUAACAUAAGUGAAUGCUGAUUUCUUUGAGGUCUCUAUAUAAUUGCGCGCGCGCACACACACGCACAUAUAUAUAUAGAUUGCUUUAUGUACAUUUUCUUGACUAACUUUAUGCGAAUCACUGUAAUGGGAAACCAACCUGCAGAGUUUAAGAGCAAUGCUAUUUGACAAAGACAGAAAUCCAAAGGUACAAAGUAAACUGCCUUCCUUUUAGCAAAUACUAGCCAUCACUUAUUAUAUUUCCAUAUUCCAAUAGUAAUGUA